AUGCAGAUAUUCGUAAAGACACUCACGGGGAAGACAAUCACCCUGGACGUAGAGAACAGUGACACAAUUGAGAAUGUAAAAGCAAAGAUCCAGGACAAGGAAGGAAUACCCCCUGACCAGCAGAGACUUAUCUUCGCAGGUAAGCAGCUCGAGGACGGAAGAACUCUUUCAGACUACAACAUCCAGAAAGAGAGCACGAUCCAUCUCGUGCUGAGACUGAGAGGAGGAGGAAAGAAAAAGAAGAGAAAGGCAUACACCACCCCAAAGAAAGUCAAGGUCGUGAAAGAGAAGAGAAAGCUCGCAUGCCUCUCUCACUUUAGCGUGGAAGCCGAUGGAAAGGUAAAAAUACUGAAGAAAGUGUGCUCAAACUGCGGGCCAGAAAUCUUCAUGUCUGAGUUUGCAGGAGGCCUCUUCUGCUCAAAGUGCUUCACCACAGUCGUAGCAUCUGACAAGAAGUAA